CACCAGAAGCCCAACCUCCCUAAUAUCAAACCAAAAGUGGAAUGUGCCUGCAUGAUCCCACUGCCUAUUACUGAAUCACACAUAAACUUCCUGAGAGAAUCAGAACCAUUCUCACAUUUUGCGCUGUUAUGUCUAUCUUUCUCAGAAUAACUCUAGCUUCAAUUGAUCAUACACUCCAGAAGAUAUUCUCUAAAGUUCAUGCAGGCAAGGAUAUGGCGGCGUCUGCAGACCGUGAGGCUUCAGGGAAAGUUGUAGAGAACGCUCAUGAGGAGAGGUUUUCUGGAAAAUAUGUUGAGAAAAUCAAGAGGCUUCCAGAGAAAAUCUGGGGGAUGAUGUGGAAAGUGGGUAAGGAAGAUCCCAGGAGGUUCAUCCAUGCUUUGAAAGUUGGGUCAUCUUUGACAUUGGUCUCUUUGUUGUACUUGGUGGAGCCGUUGUUUAAAGGGAUCGGCCAAAAUGCCAUUUGGGCUGUGAUGACUGUGGUCGUGGUGCUGGAGUUCACUGCAGGUGCAACUUUGUGCAAGGGACUUAAUAGAGGAUUGGGCACUCUUUUGGCAGGGUCUUUGGCAUUUCUAAUUGAGUAUGUUACAACGAAUUCUGGUCAAGUUCUUCGAGCCGUUUUCAUUGGAGGCGCAGUUUUUCUGAUUGGAGCUACAGCUACCUACAUAAGGUUCUUUCCGUAUAUAAAGAAGAACUUUGACUACGGAGUCGUGAUAUUCCUUUUGACGUUUAAUUUGAUCACAGUGUCGAGCUAUCGCGUUCAAAAUGUGUUGAAGAUAGCCCACGAGCGCCUCUCCACCAUUGCCAUUGGGUGCGCCAUCUGCCUUUUCAUGGCUCUGUUGAUAUUUCCCAACUGGUCAGGGGAAGAUCUGCAUAAUUCUACUGUAUCCAAGCUAGAAGGCCUGGCAAGAUCAAUUGAAGCAUGUGUUAAUGAAUAUUUCAGUGAGGUGAAGCCAGCAGAAGAGGGGAACGAACCAACGGAGGAUCGCAUAUACAAGGGUUAUAAGGCCAUCUUGGACUCCAAGACUAGUGAUGAGACUCUGGCACUACAUGCAAGUUGGGAACCGAGGCGUAAAAGACACUGUUAUAUCUCCCCUUGGAAGCAAUACAUUAAAUUGGGAGCCGUUCUGCGCCACUUUGGUUACACAGUCGUCGCACUACAUGGAUGUUUGAGAACAGAAAUACAGACCCCGCUUGCAGUUCGUGCACUCUUCAAGGACCCAUGCAUUAGACUCGCCAAGGAGGUACAAAAGGUCUUGAUGGAGCUCGCCGACAGCGUGAGGCACCGCCGCCAGUGCUCACCCGAGAUACUGUCCGAUCAUCUCCACGAGGCCUUGCAAGACCUAAACAUCGCAAUCAAAUCCCAACCGAGGCUCUUCCUAGGUUCAAAUGAUAACCAAACAUCGAACAUGCUUGCCCUGGCAGCUGCACAGGCCAGCCAAAAGAACCACAAAGUCUCAUUACCCAGUGUAAAGACGGACAGUUCUGCCUUACUGGAGUGGAGGACCAAAAGGGCUUCCGAGCAAUCGAGGGAGAAUGAGAGGAAGUGCCUGAGGCCGCAGCUGAGCAAGAUUGCCAUCACGAGCCUGGAGUUCUCGGAGGCUCUCCCAUUUGCAGCUUUCGCCGCCCUGCUGGUCGAGACGGUCGCAAGGCUCGACCUAGUGAUCGAGGAAGUCGAGGAAUUGGGACAGGUUGCAUGCUUUAAAGAGUUUAGACCCGACGAUCAGAUCUCUAUCACUUGCGAGCGCCUUCCCGUGGAUGUCUAUCACAAUCAUUUGCCUUCCCAUGGAGCAGAAUAGUUAGACGGUCAUUAAGACGGAGACGCAUAGAAAAUUACGUAUUAGAGAGCUGGCCAUGGAUGAUUUGGCUUGGUAUCAUAUCUUUACCUAGAGUGAGAUUCAUUUAUUGGGAUCAUG